AUGCUUCUUGAAGUCACUGUAAAAUGGAUAAUAGGGUUCUCCCUUCUUGUGCUUGUUGGUGCACAGCUUCAUCCCCAAGCUCCAGCAGAAUACAAACGACUUCCAUCUUUACGUGAGCAAGCUGAAAUCCUCGAUCGCUGGACAUCUGAGCGUAUAGCUCGUAUUCCUUUACUCUUGCAAAAAUACGGCGUCGAUGCUUGGUUGAUGUGUCAACGGGAACACGCAGAAGAUACCAUUUGGUGGUCAAUCAAGAAUGCAACUGCUUAUGAUGUUCACAGGAGAACCGUUGUCUUGUUCCAUACCAACACUUCCUCCUUACAAGGCCAGCCGAACCCCCUUGUGUGGAUCGACAAUACGGGUCAAGUUUGGACAGACUUGCGUAAAAGACUAGAAUCCUAUGACCCGAAACGUAUUGCAAUAAACGUGGAUCGGAAUAUUGCGUUUAGCGGUGGUAUGCAUGUGGGGGAAAUGCGCGUCCUUGAAGAAGAAUUAGGGUCGAAAUGGAUGUCACGAACAGUAAAUGUUCCCAUGCUUGCCAUCGAGUACGUCUCCAACAAGGUAUCGGGCCAAAUUCAAUAUUACAGAGAUAUGCAAGAAGUUGUGUGGGCUAUGCUUGAGGAGGGGUUUUCUCAUAAAGUUAUUGAUCCUGGAGUCACAAGCACAAUCGAUCUCGAAUGGUGGUUCAGAGAAAAAAUGUUAACCUUAAAUGUAACAACUUGGAAUCACCCUCGAAUAUUCGUCACAACGCCAGCUUCAUUUCCGGGAUGGGCUGGGUCCGAUGAUAUAAUUGAAGAAGGAGACCUCCUACAUAUCGACAUGGGUAUAACUGCCAUGGGAAUGAACACGGAUACCCAGCACCUUGCGUAUGUCCUUCGCACCAGCAAAGGUGAGACGGAUGCUCCCGAGGGUCUAAAAGCCGGCUUGGAGAAAGGAAACCGUAUGCAAGACAUCGUGCUCGAAAACAUGAAAGCGGGUUUAACGGGCGAUGAGAUUCUCCAAAGGUGUCUUGAGCAGAUGAAGCUUGAAGAUAUCGAAGGACAGAUAUAUUCUCAUCCUAUCGGCGACUGGGGUCAUGACGCGGGAGCGGUCAUGGGUUUUACAAAUUUUCCAGAACACGUACCGGUUCUAGGGGAGCUGCCUGUCCUCCCAAACACAUACUACAGCAUCGAACUUUUCGCCACCCAUUUCGUUCCAGAACGAAAUGAGACGUUGAGAUUUCUUCUUGAAGAAAAUGCGUACUGGAAUGUAGAGACAGAGACAUGGCAGUUCGUUCGAGGUACGGUUUACAUUUAA